UCUCUUACUAUCACUAAUACCAAGAGAAACCGAAACCAAACAAAACCAAACCAGACCAAACAGACUCUAUUUUCUUGUCAAGGAAAAUGUCUGCCGGACUUGGAAAAUGCAGCAAAAUCCGUCACAUUGUCAGGCUAAGACAGUUGCUACGAAGGUGGCGUAACAAGGCCCGCAUGUCAGCUAAUCGCAUACCAUCCGAUGUUCCUGCCGGACACGUGGCGGUGUGCGUUGGCAGCAGUUACAGGAGAUUUGUGGUGCGUGCGACGUACCUUAACCAUCCCGUCUUCAAGAAACUACUUGUCCAAGCUGAGGAAGAGUACGGAUUCACUAGCCAAGGUCCAUUGGCCAUCCCAUGUGACGAGUCCGUGUUUGAAGAAGUCCUUCGAUUCAUUUCACGGUCGGAAUCCGGGCACUCAUCUCGGUUCGUGAAUCUUGAGGAUUUUCAGAGAUACUGCCACGUGGACAUCAAGAAAAAACUUGAUUUUUGGACUGAAUCUCGACCUCUUCUUCAUGGAGUUGGUAAUAAAAGUAUCUGGUAAGGAAAUAAGGUAAAAAUAAAUAAAGUUAAAUUGUUUGAUUCUGACCCGGGUUUGACUCAGUCCGAGUUAUCUCGCUCGUUCGUUCCGAGGAAGAUAGGAAACGAAAUCUUGAAGUGAAAAGUUAAGAUACAGUGACCGAGUUCAUUUAUGUGAUCGACUCGUUUGAGUUUACUAAUUCUUGGGGUUAACACUUACCAAUAACGAAAGGUAAGUGGGUGGGUUUAUAGUUUUGUUUUGGUAUAAUCAUGUUAAAAUUGGAUUGCGAGUUAAGAUCUGAGCUGAGUCAUACUACAAAUUGCUCCGGAGAAUGCAUGGAGAUGGCAAAAUGGGUGGGUGAGUUAUCCUCCGAGUCGUCCCGGGUUCUGAAUAGGAGUUAAUGAGGCAUAAUCUGAGAAUCGGAGAGAUCCAUGAAGUGGACAAGACUUGAAGAGGACGAAGAAAAAACGAAAAAAAGUGAUGGUUAAUUACUCACUUUUGUAAAUUAUGUGAUUUAUUGAUUGUUUUUCUUUAUAUAUUUUUUAAUGAAAUAUUGUAGAGAAAUUCUGGCAUGAUAUGAUA